UCUCAGACAGGCUCACUGUGUAGACCUGUUCCCUAUCGAUCGUUAAGCAAAAUUUUUGAUUCGAAAAACACUGAAGUGAACAAUAUCCGGAUUGUGUUCCAGGUUGAAUUUCUUGUGUAAUGAAUAUUUCAUUGUUGCUGAUCUUCCUACAACAAGUUCUUAUUGGAUUCGCCCAGAAUGGAGUUAUUCGACCUGUUCUCGGCCUGGAACCCCUAUACAAAGCCAACUGUCAGGUGGCCGUACAACUGAAUUCCGCAACUGGAGCCGGUUCGGAAGCUGGUGGCAUCGUUAUACCGUACCGUCCCCAAUGUCGUAGUGAUCGACCCGAACUGUUUGAGGCUCGACAGUGCAGUCAGCACGAUUGUUUCUGUGUGAAUGUGACUACCGGAGCAGUGUUUACCGGUACUCGCGCCAGCCCCUCAGAAGUUGGGGAUUGUUCAACUGCCCUAUACUCAGUUCUGUUGGCCAUACGCACGCCCGUUUUCAACUGGUCCUCCCCACUCGCACGUAAAUCAGAAGGCUACCGUUUGGAUGAUGAGGUGGUCUCCAGUUUGACCAAAGCACAAGAUGCCGAGCUACGUGACCGCAUCCGGUUCGGUCUAGAGGGUAUUCUGAAAUCGGUUGGUGGAUUUCAACGGGUUAUCAAUGUGAAGCAGCUAGUCACAGUAGCCCAACACUCACCGAGAGAUCCUCUUGCCGGUGGAUUGAUCUAUUACCGUGCUCAGGUUGUUUCUGUCGGUCAUUCGUCAGUACAGGAUCCGCAGGACCUCAUUCGACAUCGCCUCCAUGAGGGUCACAUUCCCAGUCUGGGUUACGUGGACCCCAGUGUGAGCCGGAUAGACUUGUUGGAGAGUGACGUUGAAGAUCCCACCAGUCUCAUUGUGACAGACACUGCCGUUCCUGACCCCAGCCCACCGAAUCCUUCCUCUACUCAACUACAGCCUGUCGUGGCACCUGCGGAACCCGUCCCCCAGGAUCUACAACAAUCCAAAUCGGUGAUUGUACGGAGUUCAGAUCCGUUCGCCCCCGCGCCGGUCAGAUCGCCGAGUGAAAAAAUUGAGCGCGAAUCGAGACAGUUGCCGAGCGACGAUGACAGUGAUCCACUCCUAUCGGGUGCCGUUGUAGCUCCACCUCCGCAAACCGACACUGGUGCGUGGUAUCACUCUUGGUUCGCGAAAUCUUCACCUGUGAAUUUGCUUCGACAACCUGGAGUCAUUGCAGGUAUUGUCGGAAGUGCCGUUGCCAUUCUGCUGCUCCUCAUCCUGUUCAUUCUGUUUUGCAUUUAUCGUCUGCGCAAAAAGGACGAAGGUUCUUACGCAUUGGAUGAAUCCAAGAAACUUCCGAAUAUGAACUAUCAUCGGACACCGACGCGGGAAUUUUAUGCUUAGUUACUAUUCGUCUCUGUUCUCUGCUUCCAUCGCCAGUCUAGUUCACCUAGCAUUGACCACUUGUGAUAUAUCAUUAUCUACAGUGCAAUAAUUGAUUAUUACGAAUUAUUACUAUUAUUACUUUCAUUAUCCUCAUUGUCGAUACUGCAAUCGUUCGAGCACAGCUGUUGUACAGAAUCGCGACUUAUCGCCCGUUGUCUGUUUGCUACGGGGUUGAUACAAUCAUGUCAUUUGUCUUAGUUUUGUCUCCCACCCCCCUCACCCCUGUUUUCGUCGUUUUCUAGGAUUCAGUGUAGUUUUUCACUGCUGUGGUUUCGGUUUUUUUUAAACUGUGGUUUUUAAUUUCCGACUGCGAUGUACAGAUGUGCAGAAUGACCGCCUGUGCACUACAUCAUGGACAACAAGCGCCUAGGAUAUGCUAGAAUUGAAUUUCUCUGUCGCUUCAAAUGCUGAAUCGUUUGCUGGUGCACAUUUCAGCUGAUCUCAGACGCAGUUGUUCUUUUUGUUUCAUUUUCUCGUCCUAUCAGUCGCCUUUUCAUGAUCCUUGCAUUUACCGCUACCAUUUGCCGGUUGUUUUAUCCACAACUUCCGAAGUUUGACUGUUACUUUUGUGAAUUACAUUUAUGUUUUCC